AUGGACUAAAUAUCAGAUGAAGCAAUCAAUGCCAUGCCAAAGAAACCACAAAAUGCUUACAUGUUAUUCAGAGCAGAUACAUAUGAUGACCUUAAGAAAAAGAACCAAGAUAAAAGUAUGACUGAAUUGACUACAAUGAUAUCUGCCUUGUGGGGAGAGUUGGACGACAAGAAGAAGGAAAAAUACAACAAAGAUUAUGACAAGGCUACUGAGUAAUACAAGACUGAUUAUGCUGGCUGGUUGAAGAAGUUCAAGUUGGAUGAAGAUAAAGUAAAGAAGUUUCUCAAGGACAAUAAAUAAGCUAAAAAGAGGAAUAAGAAGGGUUCCAAGAAGGUUACCAAGGCUUCAAAGAAUGAAGACGAAAGUGACGAUGAAGAUGAACAGAAAAUUUAGUCAUUAAAAAAUAAGAACUAAAAGAAACAAUAAGAAUAGAAGGAGUAGAUUGUAUAAAAGAACACUAAAGACAAUAAGGAAUAAUAGAAACCUAAGGUUAAUCCAUAGUAAUAGAAGGAGAAGAAAGAAAACAAGAAAAAGUGA